AUGCACGGCAAAGACAUGGGUUGUGCCGAAGCUAUAACGGAAUUGAUGCAGGCGGAAUUGUUAGGCCAGGAAACCCGUGAAGAAAACAUCCCGUCGUACGCGAUAUGGACGCUGGCAUCUCUCCUAGCCGCGCAAUUCCAACAGCUUCAAGACUUCUUCUAUCAGGAAAUAAAGCGGACAUUAGAGCACUCUUCUCUAUCGGGCGAUUCGAAUAAUUUGGUUGACACAGAAGAGAUCCAAGCAUGGAUAUUGAUAGCAAUAUAUGAGUCAAUGCGAACUCUGCAUUGCUGUGCAUGGAUGAGUGCCGGGCGCGCGUUCCGUCUGGUGCAGUUGAGGCGACUUCAUGAAAUUGACAGUCCUACAAAACCCGAAUUACCUGAUGAAGACUUCAUCGAGACAGAGGAAAAGCGCCGAGUGUUCUGGAUGGCAUAUUUCUUGAAUCAUCUGUUCAGCAUGCGUAAUAAUUGGCCAAUAACAUUGAACGAACACGUGAUCUGUACCCAGCUUCCAGCCCCAGACAAGGAAUUCCAGAGUGGCCAGGCAGUGCUAGGUGCUUUCCUUUCGGAAGCAAUAAUUGACGUUAUGCCGCAGACAACAUCGCCUUUCAACGAAUGUAUCAUUUUGGCUACUAUUUGCGGGCGCAGUCUGUUUCAAGCCCAACAAUGUGGCGUCCGUUUUGUGUACGGUGACUUGGCUCCCAACUGGACUGAUAAGCACCGGUGGCUGGACAACGUACUUACCCACCGGCUUCAGGUCCUUUUGCAGUACUAUCCCUCACCAUCCCAAAUCUGCGAUCCAAUGCUCUCGUUCGCACACAUCAUGGGACAGGCGAGUGUGAUUCAUCUGUACAAGGGUAUGGAAUCGGUUGCAUGGGCAGUCAACGAGGCAGGUUGGGUGGUUGAAUAUAAACGGCACGCCCUAAAUGCAGCACAGGAAAUCGUGAAGCAAGCAAAAGGUCUCAUAGAGUUCUAUUUUUUCAAAGUAUGUCACACCUCAUGGCGACCCUGGACUGGAGCGUGA